GAAUUUGCUCAGAACUACUCAUCCGGUGAAAAAUGUAAUUUCGGCUUUAUCGUUUCAAUGUCUUUGAGACUUCGCCAAAGGGAAGUUUCGAGCUUGUGAAGCAUCUCUUCUCAUUUGCAUGCCUCAGUAUUUAUGGUGGUUCUACUCACAAGCUCCCUUAAAUGUGAAUACCGCCACAAGAAUCAUUUGCAACAUGGCAGUUAUCGCAGUUCGCAAAGCUGUUGUGGACAAAACUUAUGCUUCAAAUGCAAGAUUAUAAAAUGGCGUUUCUACAGGAUUUUGCACCUCAAAUCAGAACGAGAAAGAGAUAAUUGGUGGCCAGCCACACUUUUGUUUGCAAAUUGUAGCAUUUCAAGGCUUAUGCAAGGGCUAGACAAAUUGAGAGCGUGUGUUGGUUGCAAACCAAGGACAUUGUGCUUCAAAAGUCAUUCUGAUCUGGUUUUGGUUUGAUCAACUGUAGGCUCACGAGUUAUGAUGUUCAAAAAGAAAAUAAUUUUAUGCGAUGCAGAUAAAUGGAAAAUAUUGAAGCCGCCACAACUACACUAAAUUGUCAAUUUAUAAGAAUAUCUUUUGAAACAGCUGCUGAACAUAUUUGCUGUAGUUUGGUGGGUGGUUUCAGACCAAGUUUUCACGAGAUCCUCGUGAAUACGAGCCACCUGAGAGCUGUGGCGUUGACUGGGUGACUAUUUGAUAGUUAUGAAUAGUCGACUGGUUUUUAUUUUUCGUCAAAACAUGAGCAAGCAACUCGUGAAAUACACAUUUUCCCAUCUCAGAUAUAUUAUUAGAAGCCAGCAAGGACGGCUGCAAAGGGAAUUGGCACUUUCUGUUCCGCAGAAAAGGACGAUUUUCAACAUGCCAUCUCACAGGUUUUAUGUUCGAUUUGGUAAGCUGGCAAAAUUUUCAGCAUUGGAAGAGGAAAGCAUAAUUGAACAGAUAGAGUAUCUUAAGCCAAGAGACCGUGCAAAAAUGGCAGUACCAAGAAGUUUUGAUGUGUCAGUAAAACAGUUUUACAGAAGGCCACUGCCAGAAACAUGCAUUUCAUUCUGUUCACAGAAGGGCAAAGAAAUAUUCAAGGAAGCUCUUGUUUCUGGUCACAUGCAAAGUUAUUUCAGGUUGGCAGCACAGUUCCGCACUCAAGAUGAGCCAGCCUACUGCGGCCUGUCAACACUGGUGAUGGUACUUAACUCUCUUGAAGUUGACCCAGGUAAACUUUGGAAGGGCUGUUGGAGAUGGUACCAUGAAGAAAUGUUAGACUGCUGUGAGCCCCUUGAUCACGUCAAAGAAAAAGGAAUCAACUUUGACCAGUUUGUUUGUCUAGCUCACUGCAAUUACUUAAAGGCUGAUGCAGUGAGAGGGAAUGAGGACAUGUUAGAGGAGAAUUUUCGUGAACUGGUCAAAAUUUGCACUCAGCAAGAUGAUAGUUUUAUAGUGGCAUCAUAUUCAAGAUCAACACUUUUGCAGACUGGUGAGGGGCAUUUCUCACCAAUUGCUGGGUACCAUCCUGGUCAGGAUUUGGUAUUGAUACUAGAUGUUGCAAGAUUCAAGUAUCCCCCUCACUGGGUCUCACUAAAACUUCUGGUGAAAGCAAUGAGAGAACUGGAUUUGAGCACAGGGUUACCGAGAGGUUACAUAUUAUUGCAAAAGCAGGAAGGGCGUUUACCUCUUUUGUUGUUCAGAAUUUCGACAGCUCUCGCCGUUACCCAGGGGGACCUUGUUGGAAAAGGGGUCAGAGAGUGCAUCAGAAAAUGGAACGAGCUUUUGGCAGAAAAGCGAGGUGUGGUUGCAGACUUUGCAGAAAAUAAGAUGAUUCUUGGACAAGCAAUCAGUGGGCUUUUGCAGGUUUUAGGGACAUUACCAGAGGAUUGUUGUGUUUUGACAACUCAAUCGACAUGAAAUGUGAUGAAGUCUCUCGUAACCACGUCUGUGCUGUCUGCCAACUACUCAACGACAUUGAGUCAACAGAACUUUACAAAACGCUAGAGAACAAUUUGAAUGCUGGAAAAUUCAGUAAUCUCUCCAAGAUUGGUAUUGUGUCUCUUCCACCAGACUUUGCACCACCUUCUGAUAACUGUUCGAUGUUGAAUGGAGUGACUUCAGCUCAUUUCUUGACCGUCUUGUUGAUGUCAUGGCCAUACUGCAAGGAAAAAGGCACUUUCGGGAGCGCUUUAGGCCUAUAUGCUGAUCAAAUGAUUAAUCAAGGGACAGAAUUGUUGAAGAAUGAAAUACUAAAUCUCAAGAGACAGUUGGCCACUGUUUUCAACGUGUUCAGUUGUUCUUGCAGCAAAAAUCGUUAGAAAAGAAAAUGUCUGUUUUGUCAUCAUGUUUGAGUAACCUGGGCUUCUUUCAAAGAAAUAAAAGAACCUGCAGAGUACUCUGGCUAUUGAUGUUUGAGUUGUUAAAAUCAAAGAUUUAUGCAGCAUAACCGAGCUGAUCUGUUAAUACCAGCAAACAAAUGCUUCCAGCCACUCGACAAAGCCAAGCUAAUGUCAUCCCGUGUUGUUAUCGAUAUCAUGCUCUAAACGGCAAUACAAACUCGCUAACUGCAGCGUUUCUUCUUCAAGAAUCUUGGUCGGGUUUGCUUGUUUUCAUAGCUCUUAAGGACAACAAUGUACCUGGGAAAAGUGCAAGAAAAACCAUUGAUUUGAAGGAAAUGGCGUCGUUAAAAGUAUUUCUAACCUGUUUGGCGCAUGAAACUGCAUCAAAGCUGCAUCAAAGCUGGAUCGAACUAAAGGAUGAUUAAAAUUGUUUAUGAUGUUAUGGGAGCAACGAAAAAGAAAAUCGUUCUUCAAGAAUACGAUCAAAAGAAA